AGUGAAGACCGGAGGAUCUCCCUGUUCUCAGCCUGCAGGUUGUGUCCUGCGCCUAUCAGUCCCAGGAUGUCCGCUGUCACCGAGAACAGCUCAACGGCUUUCAAGGUGACCUCUGCCGCUCCCACUGUCCCCUACAGCCCAUCCGUACGCCCAUCAUCGGACCCCGGGGCCAAUGUGACGGUGCCGCACGUGUGCCUGGUCAUCUUAUAUGAAGAUAUCAGAAGUUCCAGGGUGCGGUAUUGGGAUCUGAUGCUUCUCAUCCCCAAUGUCCUGUUCUUUGCCUUCUUGCUGUGGAAACUGCCGUCGGCGAGGGCCAAAAUCCGCGUCACCUCCAGUCCCAUCUUCACCACCUUCUACAUUCUAGUGUUUGUGGUGGCUUUAGUAGGGAUCACCCGAGCUAUUGUGUCUAUGACUGUGAGCUCCUCCAGUGUCGCCACUGUCACGGACAAGGUUUUGUGGGAGAUCACCAGGUUUUUCCUACUGGCUAUUGAGCUCAGUGUCAUUAUACUGGGCCUGGCAUUUGGUCACCUUGAAAGUAAAUCCAGUGUGAAGCGGGUCCUAGCCAUCACUGCUGUGCUGUCACUCGGGUAUUCCGUCACACAGGGCACCCUGGAAAUCCUGUACCCCGACUCUCACCUUUCGGCACAGGACUUUAAUAUAUACGGGCACGGCGGCAGACAUUUUUGGCUGGCGAGCUCCUGCUUCUUCUUUUUGGUAUACACAUUAGUCUCUAUACUACCGAAAACUCCCCUGAAAGAUCGCAUCUCUCUCCCAUCUAGGAAGAGUUUCUACGUCUACGCCAUAAUCCUGGCCUUACUCAACUUGGUGCAGGGUAUAGGCAGCGCUCUCCUGUGUGCCGCUAUUAGCAAUGGCCUCUGUUUGGUGGACGUCACUACAUUUUUAUACUUCAGCCUCUUUGCUCCGCUCAUGUAUGUGGCUUUCCUGAAAGGCUUCUUUGGGUCGGAGCCCAAGAUCCUCUUCUCCUACAAGUCUCAGGUGGACGAGCCGGACGAUACGGACGUCCACCUGCCGCACCCCUACGCCGUGGCGAGGAAAGACGGCCUUGAUUCGGGGUACUACAACACUCAAAUCGACACGGCGGCCUACCUGGACGACGUGGCCUCCAUGCCCCACAUCGGGAGCAUCAACAGCAUAGACAGUGACCGCUGGAAAGCCAUCAACGCCUAAGCGCGAGCAGCUCAGCGCAGUCACACUUUACAGAAUAUAUCUCCAAGUCUCCUGUUUCCACGACGAGUUUCUUAAACUUCCCCCUCCAAAAAGACGGAAAAAAAAGUGCAAAUUUCUAUAGAAAGUUAUUUUUUACUUAAAGGUGGAUCUUCGAAUCUCACGUGGAAAUAGGACAGGAAGGAGUCUUCUUUAUUGCUGCUACACCCUUUAAUGUCUGAAGAAGAAAGCGUUAAUGGGUAUGAGGCCCAGAGGAUGAUGGGUCCAGACAGCUCCUAUGUCGGCCCGCGGGUCUAGGCCUGCAUGGCACUGAUCGCAUUCUACGCUGGCGUUUUACUUAAUUCAGCCUCUGCCGUGGACUUGCCGCCCUCAUCUUACUGCCCCGCCCCCCAUUUGGCCCGGUCUACUGGUGCAUGUACGGUGCUCUCGCUGUUUCCUGGUCCCAGAGCUUUAGGCACCAA